CUCUUUAAUCCUCAGGUUUAUGAACUGUACAGCCUCUGAGCUGCAGCGCGACGUGCUGUGUCAUCUUCCAGCGGUUUGAGUAAAACUGACUUCUGUUAAAACACGGAUUAAAUCAGUCAGCAUCAGCAGGAUGUAGCCUGUAGUCUAAUAGCAGGGUUUAUCUUUAUGCUAUUAUUUAGUGCCAUUUACCUGCUGUAUGUUAUAAUAUCACACUGUAGAAUCCUGUGUACUCUUGUUCUGGAUGUAUUGUUACUUUAUGAUUUAUUAUGCAAGUGAAAGCUGCGAUCACUAAACCAAAUGUUUCCGGUUCCUUAUCCUCUGCUCCGUCUAAAGACGCAGUGAGAGACGUCUGUGUCCAGAGUCACCGAGGGGGGGGGCGCCGGCUGACAGAGACCACUGCAGACACACUGAGCAUCCCCACUGCACAGGCUGCACAGCUGGUGCACAGUCUCCAUGUUUUGUCUCAUCACGUCCUCUUCCACGGCCUCUCCUCUCCGGAGCAGAUCCUCGCUCUGUUCCCCGACUCGUUCCACAGCAGCCUGAAGAACCUGAUCACCAAGAUCCUGCUGGAGAACAGUCCAGCAUGGAGAUCAGAAGCCCUCAGUAAGCAGAUCUCCCUCCCGCAGCUGAAGGAGUUGGACUGGACCGUGAACAUGGUGACCGGCUCAGACUCUCUCAGCAAGAUGUCCGUCCCGACCUGCCUCGUUCAGCUCAAGAUGGAGGACCCCUGUCCGUCGGCGGAGGGGGGGGCUGUUUCCGCGGUGACGGUGGAGCUGAGCCGGGAGUCUCUGGACACGAUGCUGGACGGACUGGGACGAAUCAGAGACCAGCUGUCUGUGGUGGCUGGGAAAUAAAGGACUACAGACAGCUGAUUGGCCGGUUCCUGCGAUGACAUCACAGCUUACAGCCAAUGGGAUGUUAACACAGAAGGACUGAAGGACACUGAAGCUCCUUUCUGACAGGAAAAUAACAUGAAACUUACAGAGACAUCAAAAGGAAUCCUCUGGAAGUGAUCUAGAAUCAGACGAGGGAUUUCUAAAGCUCCGUCUUUAUUCUGAUCUCAUCAUGAGGGGGGGGCUUCCGUAGGGUCUCUGAUUCCUCCUGCAGUUUAACUUCUUCGUGUUUCUAAAAUCACAUUCAUCCCACAGUGUUGAUCUGGAACUCUUGUUUGUUAUUAUUUUCUUAUUCUUGCUGACAUUAAAAUCAGAGUUGUCACCUAAA